AUGAUGAACAAAGAUCCAACCAUCGACGCAGACAUUCCUCCCGAUGAAGCAAAUGGACCAAUCCCAGAUCCCUUUGAGCGCUACGGGGAACCUCUACCACAGAAGACUUGGAUGCCUUUAUAUCGCAAGCCCAUGCGGACUCCGACGAGGAAGUUGAAGAUCGCGUGUAUUGGAGCUGGAAUCUCGGCCAUGCAUCUCGCUCAUAAGAUUUAUCAUGAGAGGAGGGAGGAGUUGGAGGGGGUGGAGUUUGUGAUUUAUGAGGGGAGGGGKGAUAUUGGUGGGACGUGGUUGGUCAAUACCUAUCCGGGAGUGGCUUGUGAUGUUCCAGCACACAUCUACACGUUUCCCUUUGCUCCGAAUCCAGAUUGGAGUGCUUUUUAUGCAUCUGGAGGUGAGAUUUUGGAGUACGUCAAGAAGACCGUGAAGGAGUAUCAACUGGAUCGGGACGUCAAAUGCGGGCAUCGAGUAACGAGCGCAGAGUGGAAGGAAGACGAGGGGAAGUGGAGAUUGAAAAUUGAGACAGAGGAUGGAGUACUAGAGGAUAGCGUUGAUGUGCUCGUGAGUGCUGUGGGCUUUCUCUCCAAAUGGAAGUGGCCGGAUAUCACUGGUCUGCAUGACUUUCACGGAACGUUGUGUCAUUCUGCGGCUUGGGAGGAUGGAUUCGAUGCGAGUGGGAAGAGAGUCGGGGUGAUUGGGAAUGGGAGUUCUGCCAUUCAAAUUAUCCCUCAAAUGGUCGACACAGCGAAGAGUCUGACCAACUUCAUCCGAAACUCAACAUACAUCACUCCAGGGCUCGGCUCGGGGACGAUCGGAGGCAAGACGCAAUAUAUUUAUACAGAAGAAGAAAAAGCCGAGUAUCGAAAUAAUCCCGAUGCGUUGAGAGACUACCGGAAGAAGAUCCAAGCUGCUUCGAAUCGAGCUUUUGAUAUGUUUGUCAAGCAUUCCGAGGCGCAGGCACAGGGGAAGAAAGCCACCUCCGAGCAGAUGAGAGGGAAGUUGCAUGGGAAUGAGGAGUUGGCGAGGAAGUUGAUUCCUGAUUAUGAAGUUGGCUGCCGCCGAGCAACUCCUGGACCAGGCUACYUCGAAGCCUUCUCUCUCCCCCACGUAUCGUUGAUCACGGAUCCCAUCUCGAAGAUCACGCCCACGGGCAUUCUAACUGAGGAUGGCAUACACCACGACUUGGAUGCCAUCAUCUGCGCCACGGGUUUCGACGUCUCGCAUCGUCCUCCAUUUCCCCUGAUUGGCCGUAAGGGGCUCUCCCUGAGCGAAGCAUGGAAAGAUGAACCAACCAGCUACCUCAGUCUUUGUGCGUCAGGUUUCCCCAAUUUCUUCACUUUUGCCGGCCCGAAUGCUCCUGUGGGUCAUGGAAGUCUCAUGGCGGGAUUGGGAUGGACGGCGGAUUAUAUCUGUCAGUGGGUGAGGAAGAUGGGAGAGGAGGAUAUCAAAGUCGUGGAUGUCAAGGCGGAUGUGCAGGAGGAAUUUAAUGUCUACUCGGAUGAGAUUAUGCAGACGUUGGCUUGGAGUGGGGGAUGUUGGAGUUGGUAUAAGAAUCAUCGGAAGAAUGGAAAAGUCACGGCGGUUUGGGCUGGAAGUGUUCUUGGUUAUCACGAUAUGAUUGAGAGGCUGAGACCGGAAGAUUUUGAUAUUGUCUAUCGAAGUCGGAACCGCUUUCGAUUCAUGGGCAAUGGGAGGACGAAGAGGGAAUAUGACCCAGACGCAGAUCUGGCAUGGUAUCUGAAGAAGUGA